AAGCUUUCAACUUUCAACUGUAUACAAAUAAAAUAACGCCAACUUAGGGACAGCAUCCCUUUCGUUAUUAAUCUCGAAUAUAGGUACUCGGUCGCAUAUAGUCCUUCAAACCAUAUCAUUAAAGUAUUUCAACAAAAACAAUAUUUCUCAGUUUGUUUGUCAGUUUGAUCUCGCUUCAGACCAGGCGACAUGACAGGGCGACGCGAUUUCCUGAGCCAGCCGGCGCCCGAGAACUAUGUCGCAGGUUUAGGACGUGGUGCCACGGGUUUUACUACGCGCUCAGAUUUAGGACCAGCCAGAGAAGGUCCUUCAGAAGACCAAAUCAAGGAAGCUCUCGCAAAACGUGCGGCGCAACUAGGAUUUGGCGACGCCGCAGGUAAAAAGGACGAAGAAGACGACAAUGACGAUCGAUACCAAGAUCCAGAUAACGAGGUUGGCCUCUUUGCCGGUGGAGUCUAUGAUAAAGAUGACGAUGAGGCGGACAGGAUAUACCGAGAAAUAGAUGAGAAGAUGGAUAAAAGACGGAGAGCGAGAAGGGAAGCCCGCGAAAAGGCAGAACGAGAAGAGUACGAGCGCAAAAACCCAAAGAUCCAACAGCAAUUCGCCGACCUGAAGAGAGGACUGGAAAGCGUCACCGAAGAAGAAUGGGCAGCAUUACCUGAAGUUGGAGAUCUUACGGGAAAAAAUAGGCGGAGCAAGCAAGCGAGACAGCAACGCUUCUACGCCGUACCAGAUAGUGUGUUAGCCGCCGCGGGGAGCGCCGGUGAACUUGGGACCACCAUAGUUGAGGACGGUGCGGCAUCGACGACUGGCGGUUCAAGUAAUCAGGACGGAACAAUGACAAAUUUUGCCAAGAUUGGACAGGCCAGAGACAAAGUUCUUCAGGUCAGGCUUGACCAAGCCUCUCAAAGCGGAAGUGCUACAAGUGUCGAUCCCAAAGGCUACUUGACGAGUCUAGCAAAAUCCCAACUCCCAGAAAGCGCAGCUCAGGUGGGCGACAUCAACAGAGUCAGGGAACUGCUCGAAUCCGUCAUCAAGACUAACCCAAAUAAUGGUCCUGGUUGGAUUGCCGCUGCUCGUCUUGAGGAACUGGCUGGUAAAAUUGUAGCAGCGCGAAACGUUAUCGCGCGAGGUUGCGAACACUGCCCUAAGAAUGAGGAUGUCUGGCUCGAAAGCAUCCGACUUAAUGAAGGCCGAAAUGCCAAGAUCAUCGCAGCACAAGCCAUCCACAAAAAUAAUCGCUCGGUGCGGUUAUGGGUUGAGGCGAUGAAAUUAGAAGACGAUACGAGGUCGAAAAAACGAGUUAUAAGACACGCUUUAGACCAUAUUCCUGAAUCAGAGGCUCUGUGGAAGGAAGCUGUUAACCUGGAGGAAGACCCGGGUGAUGCUAGACUACUUCUAGCGAAAGCUACAGAACUUAUCCCAUUAUCCGUGGACCUAUGGCUGGCUUUGGCUAGGCUUGAGACUCCCGAGAACGCUCAGAAGGUGCUGAACAAGGCUCGUAAACAUUGUCCGACAUCUCACGAGAUUUGGAUUGCUGCCGCAAGAUUGCAGGAGCAGCUAGGACAAGGAGAAAAGGUCAAUGUCAUGAAGCGUGCCGCGCAAGUUCUCGUCAAGGAGUCCGCGAUGCCGAAGCGAGAGGAAUGGAUAGCAGAGGCAGAAAAGUGCGAACAGGAGGGUGCCAUAAUCACAUGUGGUGCGAUCAUCCGGGAAACGCUCGGUUAUGGCCUCGAUGAAGAUGACGACCGCAAAGAUACUUGGUUAGAUGAUGCGCGUGGGAGCAUCAAUCGGGGCAUGUAUGAAACGGCUCGAGCUAUAUACGCCUAUGCUCUUCGAGUAUUCCCUACGAGCAAAACGAUCUGGCUGGCUGCUGCGGAUCUCGAAAGAAAUCACGGUUCGAAAGAAGAUCUAUGGCAAGUUCUCGAGAAGGCUGUCAAUGCUGUGCCUCGCAGCGAAGUAUUAUGGAUGAUGCUUGCCAAGGAGAAAUGGCAAGCUGGAGAGAUUGACAAUGCACGUCGCGUUCUGGCCAGAGCGUUCCAGCAGAACCCGAACAACGAGGAUAUCUGGUUGGCAGCAGUUAAGCUUGAGGCCGAGAACGGCCAUAUCGAACAAGCACGAGGUUUACUAAAGACAGCCCGACAGGAGGCUCCAACCGAUCGUGUCUGGAUGAAGAGUGCUGCCUUUGAACGGCAGCUGGAUGAUCUUGACGCAGCACUGGAUCUUGUCCAGCAAGCGCUCAAUUUGUUCCCUGCAUCAGCCAAGCUCUGGAUGAUGAAGGGUCAGAUUUACGAAGAUUUAGGUCAACAACUACAAGCCCGCGAAGCUUACAGCACAGGUGUUAAAGCAGUACCGAAAUCGGUUCCGCUGUGGCUACUCUACUCCCGCCUAGAAGAGAAGCUUGGCCAGUUACCCAAGGCCCGCUCGGUCCUAGAUCGUGCACGCCUUGCCGUGCCCAAAUCCGCCGAGUUAUGGUGCGAGUCGGUGCGUGUGGAGAGGCGGGCACAAAAUACGAAGCAGGCCGAGUCGUUAAUGGAGCGUGCUCUUCGUGACGUGCCCAAGGCGGACCAAGGUAUCCUAUGGAGCGAGAAGAUAUGGCACCUAACGACGCGGCCGCAGCGCAAACCCCGUGCUUUAGAGGCGAUCAAGGAAGUGGAUAACGACCCAACCUUGCUAGUAGCUGUGGCGCGCAUCUUCUGGGGCGAGCGACGGCUCGAGAAGGCGCAGAACUGGUUCGAGAAAGCGCUGGUUCGAGACUCGGACCUGGGCGAUAGCUGGGCGUGGUAUUACAAGUUCUUGCUCGAACACGGGACGCAAGAGAAGCGCGAAGAGGUCGUCAGCAAAUGUGUUAGCGUGGAGCCCCGGCACGGCGAGGUUUGGCAGGCUAUAGCGAAGAACCCGAAGAAUGCGCGCAAGAGUGUUGAGGAGAUAUUGAAACUUGUGGCUGCUGAGUUGCAUUAGAGAGGGGGGGUUUAAUUCCCUUUGCUACCUACAUACCUUGGGACGUAUUUAACUUAGGAUCUGUAUUCGAAGGAUUAGUCGUUAAUCUAAUGACCUGAGCAGCUUGGAGUGAACUUUGUUAAUCGUGUAUAACCUCGUUUACUUGUAAGUGAUAAGACGUAAAUUUGCAGGUACAAUGCGUUACCAAAAGUCAACACUUUCAACGUCCGAUUUGUAUUUGAAAGAAAAUUGCAAGGGGGUUAUAUAUGUAAAGUCAUAGGAGGC